AAUACACUACACAGCGGUAAUGGACCUGAUCCCGAGUCCCGAAAAAUAUACCCUGCUCAAGUGCUCAUCAUCAAACGUUUCGAGGACCCGGAAUUAGGAUCCAUCUCGACCGUCGGAUUCUCGACGGGACGGGUAUAACCGCUGUGAUCCAACGGAUCUGGAAGCCGUAUGCAAUCCUCCCUCUGUUAUUCUCAUUUUAACCGCCUCUGUCUCUCUCUCUCUCUCUCUCUCUCUCUCUCUCUGCAUAUAACUGCCGUCGGACCGACAAGAACACACGCAGAGCAGAACAGAGCAACCCGCAUCUCCAUCGCCAUCGAAAGCCCGCAAACCGAACAAAGCUUCUCCCGAUCCCCGAGCCAAAUCCACCCGCUCCGAAGGAGAAGAAGAAGGAAGAAGAAGAGGAAGGAAGGAGAAGAUGAGGGAGAUCCUGCACAUCCAGGGGGGCCAAUGCGGGAACCAGAUCGGGUCCAAGUUCUGGGAGGUCAUCUGCGACGAGCACGGCGUCGACCCCACCGGCAAGUUCACCGGCGACGCCUCCUCCGACCUCCAGCUCGAGCGCAUCAACGUCUACUACAACGAGGCCACCGGCGGCCGCUACGUCCCCCGCGCCGUCCUCAUGGACCUCGAGCCCGGCACCAUGGACAGCAUCCGCUCCGGCCCCUACGGCCAGAUCUUCCGCCCCGACAACUUCGUCUUCGGCCAGUCCGGCGCCGGCAACAACUGGGCCAAGGGCCACUACACCGAGGGCGCCGAGCUCAUCGACGCCGUCCUCGACGUCGUCCGCAAGGAGGCCGAGAACUGCGACUGCUUGCAAGGUUUCCAAGUAUGUCACUCACUAGGAGGAGGCACAGGUUCGGGUAUGGGAACUCUCCUGAUUUCAAAAAUCAGAGAGGAGUAUCCCGACAGGAUGAUGCUUACAUUCUCUGUCUUCCCUUCCCCAAAGGUGUCUGACACAGUCGUGGAACCAUACAAUGCCACCCUCUCAGUGCAUCAGUUGGUCGAGAAUGCAGAUGAAUGCAUGGUUCUCGACAACGAAGCACUCUAUGACAUUUGCUUCAGGACCUUAAAGCUUAGCACUCCAAGCUUUGGAGACCUAAAUCACUUGAUCUCUGCCACCAUGAGUGGCGUGACAUGCUGCCUGAGGUUCCCUGGCCAACUGAACUCUGAUCUCCGCAAAUUGGCUGUGAACUUGAUUCCAUUCCCACGCCUUCACUUCUUUAUGGUCGGCUUUGCUCCGCUCACAUCUCGUGGCUCUCAGCAGUAUAUCUCCCUCACUGUUCCUGAGCUGACUCAGCAAAUGUGGGAUGCCAAGAACAUGAUGUGCGCAGCCGACCCCCGCCAUGGCCGAUACCUCACGGCCUCUGCAAUGUUCAGGGGGAAGAUGAGCACGAAAGAGGUGGACGAACAGAUGAUCAAUGUGCAGAACAAGAACUCAUCCUACUUCGUGGAGUGGAUCCCUAACAAUGUGAAGUCCAGCGUGUGCGACAUCCCACCAAAGGGUCUGAAGAUGGCGUCCACAUUUGUGGGGAACUCCACGUCGAUUCAGGAAAUGUUCAGGAGAGUGAGUGAGCAAUUCACUGCCAUGUUCAGGCGCAAGGCAUUUUUGCACUGGUACACUGGUGAAGGGAUGGACGAGAUGGAGUUCACUGAGGCAGAGAGCAACAUGAACGAUCUCGUGGCCGAGUAUCAACAAUAUCAGGAUGCCACUGCUGACGAUGAGGCAGAGUACGAAGAGGGAGAAGAGGAGGCCUACGAGAGCUGAUGUUUCAGAAGUUCUUCAAUCAUUUCUACUUGAAUUGAGUUUUGUACAUGGAUCUAUUUCCUUUAUUUGUUGCUGUUGCUUAUGUCCGUGUCAGUCUAAAUUCUUUCACCAUGUUGUUUCCCAAGACUGUGGAGUUCCUGGUUAAUCGUUCUGUGUUUGUUAUUUGAAUUAAGCAUUCCGGACUAGAAAGGCCACCAAUUGUUCUUGUAUUUUCACUUGCAGGUGAUUAAAGCCGAGUACGCGUUUGAGAUAA